AUCCGGCCUCACUCGCUCUACUGUCUUCCUCCUAUCAGGGCUGGGCUCGGAGGUUCCGUAGGCCUCACGACUAGCCUCGGCCUCGCGUAGCGCGCCGAGCCGGGCGAUGACGGCGCUACUGUCUCGGCUCCUCCUGAGGCGGAUCCCGCGCUGAGGCCGAACGGAGCGGAGCAUUGCCCGCCACCUUCAUCCUCCUUGCCACCCUUGCCGCCGUCAUGCCGGCCAAAAGGAAGCUGGUGCCGCCGGCCCUCAACAUUACCCCCACCAUAGCGGAGGGGCCCAGCCCCACUGGCGGGGAGGGCGACGGCUCCGAAGCACAUCUAGUUGACCUCCAGAAGAAACUGGAAGAGCUGGAGCUGGAUGAGCAGCAAAGGAAGCGGUUGGAGGCUUUCCUCACUCAGAAAGCCAAAGUUGGAGAGCUGAAAGAUGAUGACUUUGAGAGGAUUUCGGAACUGGGUGCUGGGAACGGCGGAGUGGUCACCAAAGUACAACACAAACCCUCAGGGCUAAUCAUGGCACGGAAGCUGAUUCACUUGGAGAUCAAACCUGCCAUCCGGAACCAGAUCAUCCGAGAGCUCCAGGUGCUUCAUGAGUGCAACUCCCCGUACAUUGUGGGUUUCUAUGGCGCCUUUUACAGUGAUGGGGAGAUCAGCAUCUGCAUGGAACAUAUGGACGGAGGCUCCCUAGACCAGGUUCUGAAAGAAGCCAAGAGAAUUCCUGAGGAAAUCUUGGGGAAAGUCAGCAUUGCGGUUUUGCGAGGGUUGGCUUAUCUUCGAGAGAAGCACCAGAUCAUGCACAGAGAUGUGAAGCCUUCUAAUAUCUUGGUGAAUUCUCGGGGAGAGAUCAAACUCUGUGAUUUUGGGGUCAGCGGCCAGCUCAUUGACUCCAUGGCUAAUUCCUUCGUGGGCACGCGAUCCUAUAUGUCUCCUGAGCGUUUACAAGGCACUCACUACUCGGUGCAGUCUGAUAUCUGGAGCAUGGGCCUCUCCCUGGUGGAGCUGUCGAUCGGAAGGUACCCCAUCCCCCCGCCAGAUGCCAAGGAACUGGAAGCGAUAUUUGGCCGCCCCAUGGUCGAUGGGGCAGAAGGGGAACCCCACAGCAUUUCGCCACGGCCCAGGCCCCCUGGACGGCCCAUUAGCGGACAUGGCAUAGAUAGUCGACCUGCAAUGGCCAUCUUUGAAUUGCUGGACUACAUUGUUAAUGAGCCACCUCCAAAGCUGCCGACAGGGGUAUUCACUCAAGAUUUCCAGGAGUUUGUAAAUAAAUGCUUGAUCAAAAACCCUGCUGAAAGGGCAGACCUAAAGAUGCUGAUGAAUCACGCCUUUAUCAAACGUUCUGAGGUGGAAGAUGUGGAUUUCGCAGGCUGGCUAUGUAAGACGCUGCGGUUGAACCAGCCUGGCACGCCCACCCGCACUGCCAUGUGACCACCGAGCAAGCUGCCUUCUUCCUUCCUUUCUUCCUUCCCUUCUUUCAUGCACCUGCUUUGUCUGCUACCAUUUGUUGCCCUUCAGCAGAAGAAAGAAGCGCCUUUCUUCGCCUCCCUCUCACUCUGUGCUCUGGAACGGCAAAGCCCUAUGGUUUGGAAACUGCCCAAUCAUCCAACAGCAAGAACAGAAAUUGGCUGGCUUCGUUAUGUUCCUGUUUCGUCAUUUGGUUUCAUCGUUCGGUUUCAUUUCUCUUCCUGCAACUCUCAUUCUCCAGAGCUUCUGACUUGGGGCGGGGUGGGGCGGGGUUACAACAUUGCUGCUGCUUUUUAUUUGUAUUGUUGGUUUCAGGAAGGGAGGGGGAAAGGGAAAGCUGCUGUGGGGGGGGUGACUGGUUGCACAUUCUGGGGGUGGGGUCACAUUUAUGGGUGCAUGUGAGGAUGGUUCACAGAGGGCUACAGAGGAGUGUGCAUUGAUCAGGGUGAAGGGGGCCAGAUGGCCGGAUUGCAUUGCCUCGUGGCUGACACAGAACUGGAGGAUGCAGGCCUGUUUGCUUCCUGGUCUCUGCUUGGAGGAGAUAGCAGGAGAGCUGCAAGAUUGAGGAAGUUUGUGCUUGGGCAAGAAGCCAGCAGUAAAUUCCUUCCCAUGCACCUUUAUUCUCUUCUGCCCUAGUUUUUGCAUUUGGCUUCUGACAAGGAAGUUAAAUCGUUCGUUCUGUUUAUUUUGUGUUUGUUACGGGGGUGGGGGCGCUCCUAGAGUGUAAAAGUGCAGCUGUUAAUGCACACAAAAUUUAUGCACAUUGCUAUGCACCAGGGGAGGAGCUCUGUGGUCACCUGCCCAACGUCUGAUAGGGCUGGCAAUGGUACACCUACUUCCUCAGAGUGGUGAAUUUUUUAAGCCUGUGUCUUUUCUUCCUUUAUCUGCUUGGCAUAUCAGCCCUGCAGAGUUCUACACUUCUCAAAUCACAUGUGUUACUAAUUCUUUAGAUGGAAGAGGCGGGUGGGGGGGUGCGGCGGGGCAGGAGUCCUUCAGGAGCAUUGCUGAGUGGAGUUAAGGGGUGGAAAUGGUUGUUGCUAGUUCUUGAUCCAGCAAAGGGGUGUGAAGACUUGCAGCCAUUGUCUCCCUGCUCUCUUUGAUGUUGGGUAAACACACGCCUCCAGCCACCAUUCGUUUCUGCAUUGCUUCCAGCAGUGCCUUUGCCCUGCCCUUGCUUUAGCCCGAGUGUGACACGAGUGGCAUCCUCGCCUCACACCUGCUCUCUUCUCUGCCUUGAUCAGCCAACCUGCCUCUGGCCCACAAGCGGGUCAAAGGGAGGCCCCUUGACCCUGCAUCGGGGUGUGUGCGCUGAGCAGGACCGCUUGUGGCAGGCCUGAUUUCUGGUGUGCCCCUUCCAGAAAGUGCACCCUCCCCCAUCUCCAGAACCUACCCAGUUCCUUUUUCCAGGUGUUCUCUCAUGCCGCCUGCAAACCCUUUCUGUUUCUCCUAGGCAAAACAUUUUCCUAACCAGCAUUCAUUGCUGAUUUCCAAGGCAGCCAGUUUUUAGCAGCCCAGAGGCAAAACACAUCAAUGCCUUUUCUCUGCCCAUUUAAACAACACGAAAUCCAAGAAUGGGUUCUCUUAGAGAUGAUCUAAGACGGCUGUUGCCCAUCCUGCUGCCCUUUGAGCAGUGGACCCUCUGUCCUUCUGAGAAGUCUGGAAGAGUGGGCCAGGUUCUUGCACCCCAUCCGUCACUUUGAUUCCAAUAAGUGAAAGCGGCCACCACCAGGUGGCUGAAGAAGAUAGGGUCCAUGCACGGCCUUUUUAUGGAGCUGAGUCUAGCCAAGUCCCCAUGCAAGGUUGGCACCUUGGCUGCCAUGUUCUGUGCAGGUUUGGCCAGCAGCAAAGCCCACGUGUGUUCUGACUGUGCAGCACCUUGCAGGAAAGAGCCUGGCAAGUGAUGACGGUUGGUGGCCUUUGUCCGCUUCUAGGAGGGCUGUUGCAAGGUGCAGGUCUCCCAUGUGGUUUGCGGAGGCGCACCAUCCUCUGCCCUGUCCCCAGAGGACACCUUGUGGAGUGCCUUCCCAGAUCUUCCAAAGGUUUGGCAGAUGCCAAUAACUAAAUGGGAGUUCUUACUUUCUUAGCAGUUGAACGGUCUUCUUGGACAUUGUUGGCAUGGGUGUAUCCGCUGAGCCACCUUUUAGCCAUAGGAUGGAAUCCAGGUGGCACCAGCAGAAGGCCACGUGCUGCUGCUCUGCAGGGAGCCAGCAGGGCCAAGGGCAUCUAUGGGAUGUAGACUUCGGGUUCCGAAUAUGCGGGAAAGCCUUUGUCUCACAGCAGGGACAUCCAGCUCUCCUUCGGUUGCUUAGGCCUGUAGAUGUUUUUGCUUUGGGUUCUGCAAGCUUCACCCUUGUUUCUCAUUGCACCUGUUACCUUGGAGGUACCUGAUCAAGGGGUGCUCAGCCAGCUUCCAUGGGUGAACUUAAGGGGCUGCAGCCCACACCUCAUCAAUGCCUUCAGCUUUCUUUGCAGCCCUGCUUUGAGUAGGUGGCCUGGCUAGCUCCUCUCCAAUCAUCCCCUUGGAAGGAGCUGAGCCAGAGGUUGCCAGCCCCUGCCGUAGCUAACUAAAUUUAAGAGCUCACUUUCUGCCUACUUGGUGCCCUCCAGAUUGGUUGGACUAGAAAUCCCAUCAGGUAUCGUGCAGGACCUCACCCUUGUGGGGGUGGGUGUUUGGAGGGCGCAAGAGCGUGCCGUGUCUGGCAGUCCUAAGAAUUCUAGAAAGAACAUGUGGGGGCAAGGAAGGCCUCUGCUAGGACAAUUUACACUGCUGAUUAUGAUCCGGAUUCGCUGGGUGUUAGGAAAAAAAAAACGGUUUCAUUAGAAGGUCUUUCUUUUUUCACCUGGGGCAAAAUGAGCAGAUGUGCUUCUGAAGGGACCCCAGCCCAGGUUAUUUGCGUCUUUGUCAAUUUGCUUCACAGACUCUUCACAGAAAUGGGUCAUGACAUUGCUGUUUCUCUCCUCCCCAGCAGCCGGAGAAGUCUAAGAAAUACCUUCUGAUUUUUCGAAUGUCCAAAGGAAAAUCUGUAGGUACUGCUUGGGUGCACAGAGUUGGCCCUUAAGAGCUAGCAGCAUUCUGCAGUGUUCUAGGAAUCCCUGGUUUUGUGGGCCUGCUGAAUGUGGUGGAGUCCGGCUUCCGAACAGCUUAUUUCAUUUCCCCCACUCUGUGUGCAAUUGUAUUUUAUCAAAUGGGGUAACUCCUGAAGAUUUGAAUGUAUAAUACUCAGUGUUUUGAGUUUUUUUAUUUUUAAAGCUGUCAACGAACUAGUGGGAUCAUGAGAUCUAAUUCCUGUACCUUUUUAUUUUGACACAAUCCAGUUAUGAACAGUGAGGCUUUUGCUGGGGUGUGUGUGUGCGUGCAGGGGCUGUAUUUUAUGUUUAUCUGCCUCUUAUUUAAUUUUUAAAAAAAUAUUUAGUAAGAUGUUCUACACAAAAGUUUAUUUGGGUAUGUUUUGUGCUUUUUUGUUCUGGCGCUUUGGUUAUUUGGGGAGUGUUUAUGAAGAAUGUGAGCAUUUGGUGCAUUUUUUUUUUAAGAAACUAAAUAUUUUCAUCAUGGGGAGAUAAAAUAAAUGGCACUUUACAUUAAAA